AUGACUGACAACAAUAGAGUUUGUCUGCUCAGACAGAAUCAACCUGUGGUACAUGAGGUCUGGAUGAACAAAAUGAAACUUCUCAUAAUUAGCUUAGUCAACAUGGCGACAUUGCCUACUUAUGUCACUGCUGCGUCCAUCCACCUUAAUGAGGAUCCGGAUGAAUACCGAGAGCCCAUGAUCAGCGAUAUCUACAAGCCUAUGGAGUUCGACACGGCAUUAGACGACAGUUUGACCAUACCCAGUUUUUCCAGCUUCUGAAAGUGUUUGCAAAUCUGGCCGC